AUGUCGUUUUCGUUGCCUUUCAAGUAUAUCAACGCCGAGGAGCUGGCAGAGUUGAUCAAAGCCAAGCCUGUUUCGGAGGUGAAGGAUUGGGCUGUUGUCGACGUCAGAGACAGUGAUUUCGCUGGAGGAAACAUUGUGACUGCCCUGAACUAUCCGAGCGAUACCUUCCACGCCAAGGUUGACGAAUUGGCAGAGAAGCUGGAAACAGGUGCGCGCGUGUCGUCCACCUCCUUUCGCCACACCUGUAGAGGCCCAAAGGCUGCUAGGAUUUACGCCGAGACCAGAGCACACCACUAUCCAAACCCCUCAACACCUCAAGAGAUCUAUGUCCUCCGCGAUGGCUUCUCUGGGUUCCAAUCCCGGUAUCGCGCUACCGGUGUGGUUCCUGCUUUCAACCAGAUUGAGACCCACCCCAGCUUAAUCCAGCCUGAACUGUAUGAGUAUGCCAAUAAAAAGGGCAUUGUAAUCAUUGUAAUCACAGCCUACUCUCCUCUCGGCAACAACACCACCGGCAAGCCUCGCAUCGUCCAAAACCCCGACAUCAUCAAGAUUGCCGAGAAGCUCAAGAAGGACCCUGCCCAAGUCCUCGUUGCCUGGGGCGCAUACCAGGGCUUCUCGGUCAUUCCUAAGAGUGUUACUGCUUCGAGAAUCAAGUCCAACUUUGAAGACUUUGAGCUCCCUAAGGAGGACUUUGAGGCCAUCAACAAGAUUGGCAAGGCCAAUUACGCGCGAGCAAAUGCUCCUGCUGACUAUGACCUUGUCUGGCCCAUCAACAUCUUUGACACCGAGUCCGAGAAGCAGUACAAGAAGGCGUUCUAA